GUCAGUUGCGCGCAGCGAGAUCGAGAUUUAGUCAGCAACUCGGAUAUAUUUUAUAAUAUUAAAUACACUUUAUUAUAUUAGUAGUUGAAGUUUUUUAAUUGAAUUUUCGUUGCAAUUUAUAUUUUUUUUUUUUACAAAGUAAAAUUUCUUCUUUUUGGUAGUUUUUUUUUUUAUUAAAAUUUUAAGAGUUAGUAAUUGGAGAUGCAGGCGAAAUAAAAAAUGAUUGUCAGGAAACGUGGUCUGUGAUAUUUACACGGUUACAAUUUUUUUUUUCGACGCUUUUUUUUUUUUUUUAUUUUGUAAAACUACCGAGUCAUAACCUAGCGUUAUUUUAUCAGUGACACGUACUAUUGUGUCAAUUGUAAUUUGUCGAGUGAAUGAACAGAAACUUCUGACAAGGACAGACAAAACUCAGUACAUAAUUAAUAACGAGGAAAUAAACAGAGAUGGAAGACGCCCACUGUAAAACUGUGGACGAGGUGUUGAACUACUUCAAUUGUGAUCAGGAAAAAGGAUUAUCGCCGGACCAGGUCAAGAGGAACCAAGAGAAAUAUGGUCUCAAUGAAUUGCCAGCCGAGGAGGGAAAGAGCAUUUGGCAACUUGUUUUAGAACAAUUCGAUGAUCUUUUAGUUAAGAUUCUUCUGUUAGCCGCUAUCAUUUCUUUCGUAUUAGCUUUAUUUGAAGAGCACGAUGACGCGUUUACAGCCUUCGUGGAGCCAUUCGUUAUCCUUCUCAUCCUUAUCGCGAACGCGGUGGUGGGAGUGUGGCAGGAGCGUAACGCGGAGUCCGCGAUCGAAGCCCUGAAAGAAUACGAGCCAGAGAUGGGAAAAGUCGUCCGAGGCGACAAAUCCGGAGUCCAGCGGAUCAGAGCCAAGGAAAUCGUCCCCGGAGACAUCGUUGAGGUGUCUGUAGGAGACAAGAUCCCAGCUGACAUCCGUCUGAUAAAGAUCUACUCAACCACCCUCAGGAUCGACCAGUCCAUCUUGACCGGAGAGUCAGUCUCAGUGAUUAAGCACACUGACGCGAUCCCCGACCCCCGAGCCGUCAACCAGGACAAAAAGAACAUCCUCUUCUCCGGAACCAACGUCGCCGCCGGUAAGGCCCGAGGUGUAGUAAUGGGAACUGGUCUGAACACCGCUAUUGGUAAAAUCCGUACCGAGAUGUCAGAGACAGAAGAAAUCAAGACUCCCCUGCAGCAGAAAUUGGAUGAGUUCGGUGAGCAGCUGUCGAAGGUCAUCACCGUCAUCUGUAUCGCCGUCUGGGCCAUCAACAUUGGUCACUUCAACGACCCAGCUCACGGUGGCUCCUGGAUCAAGGGUGCCAUCUACUACUUCAAAAUCGCCGUCGCUCUUGCUGUCGCUGCUAUCCCUGAAGGUCUGCCUGCUGUCAUCACCACUUGUCUUGCUCUGGGAACCCGUCGUAUGGCCAAGAAGAACGCCAUCGUCAGAUCUCUGCCCUCUGUCGAAACUCUUGGUUGUACUUCUGUAAUUUGCUCUGAUAAAACCGGUACUCUCACCACCAACCAGAUGUCCGUCAGUCGCAUGUUUGUUUUUGAGAGGAUCGAAGGCAAUGACAGUGCUUUCAACGAGUUCGAAAUUACUGGAUCCACUUAUGAACCCAUUGGUGAUGUCUAUCUCAAGGGAUCCAAAGUUAAGGGCGCUGAUUAUGAAGCUCUUCAUGAGAUUGGUACUAUCUGUAUUAUGUGUAACGACUCUGCUAUUGAUUUCAACGAAUUCAAACAAGCUUUCGAGAAGGUCGGUGAAGCUACUGAAACAGCUUUGAUCGUCCUCGCCGAGAAAGUCAACCCCUUCGCAGUCCCCAAGACCGGAUUGGACAGACGUACAGCAGCCAUUGUCGUCCGCCAGGACAUUGAGACCAAAUGGAAGAAAGAAUUCACCCUUGAGUUCUCCCGUGACCGUAAAUCUAUGUCAUCUUACUGCGUACCCCUUAAGCCCUCAAAACUUGGAACUGGCCCGAAAUUGUUCGUCAAGGGAGCGCCUGAGGGAGUUUUGGAAAGAUGUACGCACGCGCGUGUCGGCACCAGCAAAGUUCCUCUUACUUCCACCCUGAAGAACCGCAUCUUGGACCUCACCCGUCAAUACGGUACUGGCCGCGACACUCUCCGUUGUCUGGCUCUCGCCACCGCUGACCACCCAAUGAAACCCGACGAGAUGGACCUCGGAGACUCCACCAAGUUCUACAUGUACGAAAAGGACCUCACCUUCAUCGGAGUCGUCGGUAUGUUGGACCCGCCACGUAAGGAAGUUUUCGACUCAAUUGUCCGUUGCCGGGCCGCUGGAAUCCGUGUCAUUGUCAUCACUGGUGACAACAAAGCCACCGCUGAAGCCAUCUGCAGACGUAUUGGAGUCUUUACUGAAGAUGAAGACACUACUGGUAAAUCUUACUCUGGUCGUGAAUUCGAUGACUUGCCCCUUGCUCAACAGAGGGAAGCUUGCGCCAGGGCGAGAUUGUUCUCCCGAGUGGAGCCUUCUCACAAAUCCAAGAUUGUUGAAUACUUGCAGAGCAUGAAUGAAAUUUCUGCUAUGACUGGUGAUGGUGUAAAUGACGCUCCAGCUUUGAAAAAAGCUGAAAUUGGUAUUGCCAUGGGUUCAGGAACUGCUGUCGCAAAAUCUGCGUCUGAGAUGGUGUUGGCUGACGACAAUUUCUCAUCAAUCGUCGCCGCUGUUGAGGAGGGUCGUGCCAUUUACAAUAACAUGAAACAAUUCAUCCGUUAUCUUAUCUCUUCCAACAUUGGUGAAGUUGUCAGUAUUUUCUUGACUGCCGCUCUUGGUCUUCCUGAGGCCCUUAUCCCAGUCCAGCUCUUGUGGGUCAACCUCGUAACUGAUGGUCUUCCAGCUACCGCCCUCGGUUUCAAUCCACCCGAUCUCGACAUCAUGGACAAGCCACCCCGUAGAGCUGGUGAAUCAUUGAUCUCCGGAUGGUUGUUCUUCCGUUACCUCGCUAUUGGUGGCUACGUCGGUGCCGCUACCGUUGGAUCCGCUGCCUGGUGGUUCAUGUACGCUUCCACCGGACCUCAGCUCAGUUAUUACCAACUCACUCACCAUUUGGCCUGCAUUGGAGGUGGUGAUGAAUUCAAAGGUGUUAACUGCAAAAUCUUCACAGACCCCCACCCCAUGACAAUGGCGUUGUCUGUACUUGUAACUAUUGAAAUGUUGAACGCAAUGAACAGUUUGUCUGAGAACCAGUCAUUGAUCACUAUGCCACCAUGGUCGAAUAUGUGGCUCAUUGCCUCUAUGGCACUUUCAUUCACACUUCACUUUGUCAUUCUUUACGUUGAAGUUCUUUCGUCUGUGUUCCAAGUGACUCCAUUAUCAGGAGAUGAAUGGAUAACUGUAAUGAAGUUCUCAAUACCUGUAGUACUGCUCGACGAGACCCUGAAGUUCGUCGCCAGAAAAAUAACUGACGUUUCACCGCCAGUGAAGCCAACGCAGUAAUCACCAGCCGGAGAGAGGGAGUAGAAAAAAAAUCUAAACUAAAAAAAUUUUACAAAUAAACGUAUAUUAAGUAUAAGUUUUAAAAUCUUUAAUUUAAAGUUUACGAAAUGUUAUUUAUAACAAACAACCUUGUAUAUAAGAUAAUAAAUUCAAGAAAGUGGAUAAUCUGAUGAAGAAAACAAAAGACACCUGGUAAACAACCUGGAGAUGACUCUGUAACUCUGGAGGACUAAAAAAUAAAUAAAAUUUCAAAACAAAUAUAUAAAUGUAUGUCUGAGUCGACGAGCGAUUCAAUUUUUCUAUUCUUCGUUACAAAUUCCGCCAUUUUGUUUUGUCUUCUUUGUUUGCUUAUUUUUAUAAGCGCGCAAAUAAGACAAAAAAGAAUAGAAAAAUGGAAACAGUUUAGGAUUAAAUAUAUAACUUGACAAAAAAUCAAACACAAGUGAUAAUAAUAAAUUAAUAUCACUUAUUGAUCCUUGCCUCAAAAAUCUGUAGCGCUUAAUCCAGUGUUAUUUUUAAAGUGUUCAAGACAUCGAAUAUCUUUUUGAGGUUAACUUUUAGGCGCCAAGACAUGCGCGUUGCUUAAACAAUUAAAAAAAAAUAAAUGUUAAUAAUAAUAACAAGUUUAAGUAAAGUAAUGGUAAUAAUAAUGAUAAUUAGUUAAUUACCGUCCCCGCAAUUAUACUCUCAUUGAGCGUGUGAAAGACAACGGGCGGCGGAAACAAAACAAGAACAACAAUGGAGCUGAGUGGCUUGCGUAUGAUCCAGGCGCCCAUUAUUUAACUGCUAACAGAGCAACUAGAGCUUACUGGGCUUAACUACCGGCAAGCUUAACUAAUAUAUAAUACCUGGAGCUUAAACAACCAGCCUUGUUCUACAACCCACACUUGCGACGUCUUUGAUCUUUUCUCAGUCUGUAAAUUCGAUUUUCAUUUAUUUAACCUUACUUAUAGUUACUAUUAUAAUCAUAACUUUUAUUUUUACCUUUUUUAAUCUUUCUUCUUCUUCUUCUUUUCUUCUUUUUCACUCUUCUUUACUCUUAACUAUUUCUUCUUUUCACUCAAAACUAUCCGCCAUCUUGCUUUACGCCAUUUCAAAUCGAAGUCGCCAUUUUGUCUUGCGAUAAAUGUUCAGAUAUUAACACAAGAAAGUAAUAACGGGUUUUCGUCUACAGAGAGGUAUUUGUUGUUAAAUAACAAACAAAUUGUAUAUAUAAUUAUGGUAUUGAUAAUUAUGAUUAUUAAUAUCAGUAAUUGAAUAAUUAAAUAAAAUUGUGAAAUUAUUUACCGACGGGAUGUAUAGACAUUAAUUAAAUUUAAUCCGUCAUUUUGAAAACAAGAAUUGUAACUUUAAUAAUUAUUAUUAUUUAUUAUUUUUUAAAUAAAAAUAAUAAAUUUAUAAAUCUUGUUACGUAUGAUAUGGUAAUUGCCAUUUACAUAUUAUAGAUUUUAAAUAAUAAAUGCUGAGCGUAAGUUAAGGGCCAAAGCGAGAAAAAUUAUUUUUUUAGUGAUUUUUUUUUUAAAUUUCGCGGGUUUAAAUUUUUUACACUAAAUGGAGUUAAUUAUAAUUAAUGGGAAUAUUUUUGGUGUAGCCUCAAAAUUUUAAUUGCAACCGCUCUAGCGAUGGAUUAAGUGAUAAUGUAUGAUAAUGAAACAAUAAUUAAAAGAUGACAAUCAUU